AUGAGGCUUGAUCCAGUGCAUUUCUCCAUGCUGGUCAUCGGGGUCUCCUUCGCCUGUUACGCCCCGAGUCUCAACUCCCUCCAGGACCAGGCGUACCGAUCCGCCGUGGUCAUCGAGGGCGAGGUGCGCUCCUCCCCGGAGAACGUCUCCUCCCGGGAGCCCUACAGUGUGAAUGUCAAAGUGCUGGAUGUGUGGCCCGUCAACAGCGGCGGCCUCGAGAGGGAGCAGCUCGUGACCGUCGGGGACUUCGGCUCCGAGGCCCCGUGCACCACCGUGGAGAAGGACCACAGAUAUAUCUUUUUCAUGGACCCCACCGCCGAGCCUUUGGUAUUCAAGGCAUCGUACGCCCCUGUGGACGCCAGCGAGCCGGAGCUGAAGAAGGAUGUGGAGAGAGUGCUGUGCGAGGACUGCGCCUCUGCUCCGAAGCUGCGGCUGAUGCGAGGCCAGUCUCUGAUGGAAGGGGACAAGCUGUACUUGAAGUGCGAGGCGUCUGGGAAUCCCAGCCCGUCCUUCCGCUGGUACAAAGAUGGACACGAGCUCCAGAAAGGCAGAGACCUCAAAAUAAAAACCAACAAAAAAAACUCAAAGGUGCAGAUCAGUCGUGUCCGCGUGGAAGAUUCUGGCAACUACACUUGCGUGGCGGAAAACUCUCUAGGACAAGAAAACGCCACGAGUAUAAUCAGCGUGCAGAUCUUGACCACCACUCCCGGUCCGGGUGUGAGUCAUGCAAGACGCUGCAAUGACUCGGAGAAGUCGUACUGCGUCAACGGAGGAGACUGUUACUUCAUACAUGGUAUUAACCAGCUGUCCUGCAAGUGUCCCAAUGACUAUACGGGGGACCGCUGUCAAAACUCCGUCAUGGCCACUUUCUACAAGCUUCUCAGAAUUGAAUUUAUGGAGGCUGAGGAGCUCUACCAGAGGCGGGUGCUGACGAUCACAGGCAUCUGUGUGGCGUUGUUAGUGGUUGGCAUCGUUUGUGUGGUGGCCUACUGCAAAACCAAGAAGCAGAGGAAGAAGAUGCAGACUCACCUACACCAAAACCAGAAUCAGUGUGUGGAGCAGCCAAACCGCAUGAUGGCCAACGGACCAAACCACCCGGGGCCCGGUCCAGAGGAGAUCCCCAUGGUUGAUUACAUCUCUAAGAGCGUCCCCACGACGGAGUGUGUGAUCAGCCACGGAGCCGAACGUGCAGGCAACUAUGCAGGCAGUCGAAUGUCGACCCGCUCCCACCACUCUACCACUGCCUCACAUGCUUCCAGACACGAGGAGCAGACGUGGAGCAUGGAGCGAACUGAGAGUAUGAACUCAGACUGCCAGUCAGGUGGGCUCUCCAGCUCGGUGGGAACCAGUAAGUGCAGCAGCCCGGCGUGCAUGGCGAGGAGGGCCGCCCACUGGGGCUGCGCGGACGUAUCCGGACCGGGGAUGCAGUACGGGGACUCCUACGACUCUCUAAGAGACUCACCUCACAGCGACAGGUAUGUGUCUGCACUGACCACGCCGGCGCGCCUGUCUCCCGUGGAGUUCCACUACCCCCCGCUGCCCCCCCAGGUGCCCACCUUCCAGAUCACCUCGCCCAACACAAGCCACGCCCUCUCCCUGCCCCCUGCUGCCGCCGCCUACCACAGAGAAGACGACCAGCCGCUGCUACGAUGCCCCGACGAUGGAAGUUUAUACAGGCAGCCUCGGCGUCCGCGGCGACCCUACCUGACGGAGAGCACAGGAAGUCUACCGUCCAGCCCCUACCGCCUCCCUGACGAAGAGGCCUACGAGACGACGCAGGAGUACGCCUCUUCACGGGAACCCAUCCGGAGCCGGCGCCGCCCGCGACGCAACCGCCUCAACGGACACGUGUCCCAGCGCUCGGCGGGCCUUCGGGACUACAGCUCACAGAGCUUCAGCCAGUCAGAGGAGGAGGAAGAGGAGGAGGAGGAAGAGGACGCUCACGGGGAGAGCACGCCUUUCCUUAGUAUGCAGAACAUGAACAUGGACCCGCCGCUGUCCGCCCCGGGUUUCCGUUCGUCAUCCGGCGCCGACACACGGACUCACCGCGGGCUGAGUCGGCCGGGGACGCGCAGCAACGGGCAGAGUCGCGGCUCGCAGUCGCAGCGCUCGAAGGCUGACAACAUGCCCCUUUAA